AUUCCCGUCAACCUGGCGGCGGUGCUCGAGUAUCUGACCACCGAUAUCCUAGUGCUGGCGGGAAAUGUGGCUCGUGACAAGAAGAAGACCAGGAUCAUCUUCCGACACCUACAGCUGUCUAUCCACAAUGACGAGGAGCUCAACAAGCUGCUGGGAGGAGUGGCCAUCGCUCAGGGAGGAGUUCUGCCCAACAUUCAGGUGGUCCUGCUGCCCAAGAAGGCCGAGAAACCCACCAAGUCCAAGUAA